GCCUACCUGGAGAUGAACUACAAGGAGGCCGUGAUUGCUGCUGUGAAAUUCGGGGAGACACAGCCCGUGCUGCUCAACGGGAAACGCAUCCGGAUCAGCGUGGCUGAGAAACCACGGGCACCCCCCGGCCAGGUCAAAAAGACCGUAAAAAAACGAGUUCUGACGGUUAAAAAAGCUUCAACCAGUACCAAAAAAGUUCCAACCACCAGCACCAAGACCCCCAAACCCCCGACAGGUAAAAAGGAAAAGCUCAAGAAAUCAACAGUGCCAGGAGAACGGAAGGUCAGGAAAACUCCAAGUGCUGCAGAACAAGCCGAGGAUGGAGAUGCUGAGCCCUCGGCAGAGCCCGGGGUGGGAGCUGAGGAAGCGGAGCCGUCGGAUCCAAAGAGUGUCACGGGAGAGGAUGGAAUCCCAGAGCCUGCAGUGCCCAUGGAGAGCCAGCCCAAUCCCUCCCCUGUGCCAGAGCCUCCAGGAACGGGCACAGCGAGCGAGGAAUCAGCAGAUCCAGCCAGGAAGGACCUCGAUGACCUGUGUGUGGUCCUGGUUUCCAACCUGCCCGACAAGGGAUAUUCCGUGGAGGAAGUUUCCAACCUGGCAAAGCCCUUUGGAGGCCUGAAGGAUGUGCUGAUUCUGUCCUCUCACAAAAAGGCAUACCUGGAAAUCAACAGGAAAGCUGCAGAUUCCAUGGUGAAAUUCUACACCUGCUUCCCCAUGUCCCUGGAUGGGAAGCAGCUCAGCAUCAGCCUGGUGCCUCAGUACCAGAGCAUCAGGGAUGAAGAAGCCAUAUUUACUGCCCUGAUUAAAGAUUCUGACCCUCAGGUAAACACUGAAUCCAUCCACAACCAGUUUGUGCACCUUGGGAAUUUGCCAGAUGAUGGAUACAGGGAGCUGGAAGUGGUUUGUGUGGGGCUUCGCUUCGGGAAGGUCGACCAUUACGUUGUGCUGAAGAAUAAAAACAAGGCCAUCCUGCAGCUGGACACCCCCAGGUCAGCACGGUCCAUGCACAGCUUCCUGCAGCAGUACCCCUACAGCAUGGGGGAGCACACCCUCAGCUGCUCCCUGUCCCCACGGGGGGACCCUGCCCAGGCUGAGGCUGGGAAGAGAGACCCGAAGAGAGAGGAGGGGAGCAGAGCAAGCGCUGGCUCGAAAAAAUCUCCCGAGGGGUCAGGAGUGGUGCCAAGAGCAGCUGCUGAUCCGCCAGGAGAGCCCAGGGGGGCAAGGAGAGGAGCCAAUCCCACCUCCAGUGGCACGGAGGAGAUUCCAGCGGGACAGACGGAGCCCCCCGAGCCCCAGCCGGGAGGAGCAGCGAGGGAAUCACCUGGAAGCCUGGCCCGGACGGCUGCGGAGGACGUGGAUCCUGGGAUUGGUGUUCCCGUGAAACCUGCUGGCACCAAAGCACCCGGAGAGAGGUCGGAGGAGAAGCCGCUGCCGCCUUCCAGUGCAGGGACGGAAGAGGCUCCCAAAGCUCCUCCUGAGCCAAAGCUGCUGGAGAAGGGAAACAAAGAGGGGGAUGAAGAGUCGCCUGCCCCUGCCGUGGAAGCACUGGGAUCAUCCAGCAGGGCUGAGGGGGAUCCAGGGGGUCGUGGGGUGACCCCAGCAGGCGGGGAGCCAGCAGGGACCAGCCCUGGAGCAGUGGCUGAGGGGGCUCCCAUGGACACGGUGUCACCUGCUGUCACCCAGCCAGCCAGUGAACUGGGUGCUCCCGGGAAAAGCCCCAUUCCCGAGGCUGGGAAAAGCAACCCUGAAACGUCCGGAGCUCCGGUGGCCGAGAGGAAACCUGCCCCUAAAAGCAGGGAGGCCCCAGGGAAGAGACUGGACGUGGCUGGAGCAGAGGAGGGUGUGCUCAGAGCUGGGCACGCUGCGGAGGAGAACCCCGGGAAGCUCUUGGGCAAGGCUGGGGCAGAGCUGGAGAAGCAGCUUGGAAAAGCAGCGGCCAAGGCUGGGGCUGCUCUGGAAGAUGCUCCGGGUGCCAUCGGCGGGAGCAACGCGGGAAGUUUGGUCAAAAGCCACCAAAACAAAGGGACGGGAGCGGCAAACCCCGACAGGAGCCACCUGGGAGCUCCACUGAACCCCUUUUUGUCCCUCAAGGACCCCGCCGUGGGUAAAACCCUCCUGAGGGCAGUGGUGUCCAUCCCGGAUAUCUUCAAGGCCAGGGCCCCAGCCAAGAGCAGCGAGCCCUCCCCGGGCAAAGGGGGGGAGCAGAACCCCCCCAGAGCCGAGGGCCAGGCGGGGGGGGACAAGAAAACCCCCUCCAAAGCAGCCCAGCCCGCAGCAGGGAGCGCCCAGGGCAGAGGGAGCGGCAGCUCCACAGUGGACGGACAGGGAGGCAGUGGGAGGAGCUCAUCCCAGCAGGAGAAGGACUCCCAGGUGGAAUCUAGGGCUGGUUCAAAACAGAGCCAAGAGGGAGAGAGUGGAACCCCCGGCACGGAGGAGGACCCCGGCAGCACUCAGGGUCCUGGUGGGGACAGGACCAGUGGUGCUGGCGGCAGUGGGAAGCAGAAGGAGGAGGAAGAGCUGUUCCCCUUCAACCUGGACGAGUUUGUCACCGUGGACGAGGUGGUGGAAGAAGUGGAGUCUCCGGUUGUGCCGCGGCGAAACCCCCCCAGGGGCAAGAGGAAAGAGGGAGCCAAGCCCGGCCCGUCGGAGCCCCCGUCCAAGAGGAGGAAAGGGAAGAGCUCCGGGGGGGCGGCCAAGGGGGAGCCCUCCUUUGUCACCCUGGACGAGAUCGGGGAGGAGGAGGACGCCCCUGCCCCUCUGGGGGACCCCCAGGGGCUGCUGGUGGUGGACGAGGUGCUGGAGGAGGAGGAGCUGUCGGAGGCGGUGAAGGACCCGCAGGCCCUGCUCACCCUGGACGAGAUCUCGGAGCAGGAGGAGCCGGGAGCCCACAGGGACCUGCCCCAGGCCGAGUUCAAGGAGCGGGACCUGAAGGCCGAGCCCCUGGUGACGGUGGAUGAGAUCGGGGAGGUGGAGGAGCUGCCCCUGAACGAGCCCACGGAGCUGGGUGGUGAGGAGGGCAAGGGCAGUGCCGGGGACUUUGCGGCCUCCUCGCAGGUGCCCGACGACCCCACGGCCCUGGUGACCGUGGAUGAGAUCCAGGAGGACAACGAGGACAACCCCCUGGUGACCCUGGACGAGGUGAACGAGGAGGAGGACGAUUUCCUGGCGGAUUUCAACCACCUCAAGGAGGAGCUGAACUUCGUCACGGUCGACGAAGUGGGGGACGAGGAGGAGGAGGAGGAAAACGCUUCCCCGGGGAAGAAUCCACACAAGGAUGAGGAUGAGGAGGACAUCGUUGCUGUGGCAGGACCAGAAGAAGAGGAAAUCGCUGCCGGUGCAGGACCAGAGGAGGAGGACAUUGUUGCUGUUGCAGGACCAGAAGAAAUAGGAAUUUUGGGGGAUCCGAAUCCAGAAGAGGAAAUCUCUGGAAUCUCCAAGCCAAAAGCUCAGCUGGGAUCAGGAGGGGCAGAACCAGAGUCCAGGCAGAAGAAAGCGACUGUUCUGAGUGUCCCCAAGGCACAGAGCACUCCCAAAGGUAAAUCCAGAGGAACCACCCCAAACUCUCCAGGCUUUCCUGCCCUGGACAUCCUGGUGCCCAAGGCCGGGUUCUUCUGCCAGAUCUGCUCCCUGUUCUACGCCGAUGAACCCUCCAUGAUCCAGCACUGCCGGACCCCCCUGCACCGGCACAACAUGGAGAAAUUCAUGGCCAAGCAGCAGGAUAACGACGGGGAAGAGCCGAGCUCCAGGUGAUGGAGGACAGAGGGACCCUCGGUGCCCGACGCUUCGGGGGCACCCAGUGCUGUGUGUUUGGGUUCCAGUUGUCGCUCGGGGUCGGGAAGGAGCGUCUGUGGUGUGGGAAUGGGAGCUGGGAGGAGACCCCGGAGCUGCUGGGCUGGAUUUGUGUCUCCAGUCACCCGGCGUGGGACAGACUGGUCCCAGUGCCCGCAGGAAAUAAAUGUUCUCACUGUAUAGUUACCCCA